AUGGCCGAUUUUUCUGGAAGGAAGACUACUCGACGAGUGAUGUCCCCAACAUGCCGAUUAUUGCCGCUAACUGAUAUGGGACUUAGUUUGAUUGAUGUUUCUGAUUUAUGGGGUACUCUUUUUUCCGGUCGGAGGUUUUUCCCACACGGGUUUUACUUCGAUCGGGUUUUAACGAGGCCCCGCUUUGCGCCACCUGGCCGGCGAGUUGUGGCCAGACCCUACUUGCUCGCGCUUGCUGAGUUGGACCCUGCAACAGCCAAGCUGGCAAUUGGGCUUUUGGGGCCCUUUUUGUCUGCAUUUGGGUUUUUGUUCAUUGUGAGGAUAGUGAUGUCUUGGUACCCAAAACUGCCCGUUGAGAAGUUCCCAUAUGCGAUAGCUUAUGCGCCGACAGAGCCUCUGCUUGUUCGGACAAGGAAGCUGAUACCGCCGUUGGCCGGAGUUAUACUGUUGUAG